UUUGGGGCUAAGUUUGGGGCUGAGCAUGGAGCUGGCCUGUGGGCAUUGGAGGCUGUUUUUUCUGUUUGUGGUGUUGGUAAAUCCCAUCGAGCUCGUGUCUUUCAGCCAGCCUUCGGACUCGGAGUUUACUUUUGUGUUGCUGCCGGGCAGAGAGGAAUGUUUUUACCAACAUGCCGGAAACAACAGCAGCAUGGAACUGGAAUACCAGGUUAUUGGAGGUGCUGGAUUGGAUGUUGACUUCACUGUGUUUAGUCCUGUUGGUGAAAUUCUGGUCAAAGAAUCAAGGAAAUCUGAUGGGGUACAUAUGAUCGAGCCUACAAUUAUCGGUGAUUACAAAAUCUGCUUUGACAAUUCUUUUAGUACCAUUUCUGAGAAGCUGGUCUUUUUUGAAGUGAUUUUUGACGAUGCUGAGGAGGACUGGUCAGAGAUUGUGGAACCGGAAGAGCUGUUGGAUAUUAAAAUAGAUGAUAUCAAGGAGUCGAUUGGAAAUAUGAACACAAAGCUGACAAAAAGUGUGCAGAUUCAGGCCAUUCUCAGAGCCUUUGAGGCACGGGAUCGCAACCUGCAAGAGAGCAACUUGGGUAGAGUCAAUUUCUGGUCAGCUGUCAAUCUGGGAGUGAUGUUGGUGGUAUCAAUUGUCCAAGUCUACAUGGUGAAACAUCUCUUUGAUGACCGCAGAAAAAUUCAAACCUAAACUCCAAAAAGCAUGACUGAAGCAGAGAUGUUGACUAUUGUUGUUGAAUAGCUGCAGAUCAUUUUUCUUGUUUUUGGAUGGCUGUUUGUGAUGUUGCUGCUUUUGGAGCUAGUUGUGAUAUUGGGAUAAGCUGACAGCAAGACUGGUAAGUGAAUUGUUCAAAAUGGACUGCCCCAGGCUAGCUGAACAGAAUGUCCAUUAAUGUUAAAUACAUACUGCUAGAAGGUCAGUAUGUUUAUUAAAUAAACUGGGGGAAGGUUCUGGAAGCCAGGAAUUUUUAUCUUGUUUGAGGCUCAGAGACUUAGUAAGCAGUUUAGCUCUGCUUCUAAACAAUGAAGGUAGCAGAUUAGGCUUUCUCAUGAAGUUAGAGAAGGAUCAGUAGGAAUGGGACAGAUUGUUGCUAAUCUAUUCUGCAAAAUAGAACCCAUUUGGCAGCUGAAGAACUGUGCCAGGGUUCCCAGCAUAUUGAUACUACCAAUCUAAACCCAAUAUAGGGCAGGGGCUUGAACACUGUCUGCACUAAGGAGUUUGGCUACAUUUGAGAGGCAGGCAUGAAAGAGAAAAUGCUUUUUAAGGAAUGUUCCAACACACCUAAAAAUAUUGCAGUAGCCAAAUACUUGGACUGUACAUCAACCAAGAGUGCGCUGUUCCUAAUCACAAGUGUGUAUGGCUGUAAGGUGGGUUUGGUUUAAACUUAUCACAGAGUGCUGUGAGCAGAAGGAAUGAGGAAGUAGCACUGUAAUGUUCUAUAUAACUGAAUGACUAUCCACAAAUCUGAGAAUAAUCUGAGUGCCUGUUUCCACAUACUGCUAUUUGUAUAAAAUAGACCCUUUUCUACUAAAAGUGCUUUAAAUUGGUA